GAACUUCCCAUUGCCCAAAAAUUUGGUGGUGCUUCUGUGUACGGUUUUGCUCAAUAGAUGGCUGCACCUUGAUCCAGUCUAUUUCGGUGCACCGCGUGGAUGGAAAAAACCUUACGCUAAAAGGCGGCACAUUCACGCCAGUUGCAGGGACGCUCGUUUGUUCCCAAAAAUGCCCUCAGCGCGAAACGACGAGAAGGUGUGGGGUUGCUGAGCUGAAUAAAGUGUGUGCAUUGCCGCUCAGAAAUAAAAGCCGGACGUACUUGCGAAGCCCUCUCCGAAAAUCCCACAUUCCUACUUUCACAAACCCUACACGAAACUAACGCAACAUGAAGCUCUUCACUUCUGUCACCGUCGCGUUGGCCGUGCUCGCUCGCGUGAGCGCUCAGGAUCCCAGCAGCACCGAUGACUCCAGCACGGCCAGCAGUACUGGCACGAGCCCGGCAACCGGCGUUGCAUCCAAUGCAACUGGAACCGCUACCGGAACCUCCGCGGCUACAAGCACCCCCGCCAUCAUCUCUGGCGGCAGCAAUUCGACCGGGACGAACUCGACUGGAACCAACUCUACUGCGACUGCAGGCAACUCUACCAUCAGCAACCCGCUCGCUGGUUUCAACAUCUCGGCCACUACUAUCAAUCCCGCCCUCAGCAAGGCUUGCACGGACUCGUUCCUCCCGCAGCUUACCUUCUUGCUCGACCCAUGCGGCCUGACUCCGAUCAUCGGCGAGCUCGCGGCCAUCGGUAUGGCCAAUACAACCGUCACUACCACCGUCGCUGUUGGGGUGAUCGACAAGAUCCUCAGCGACAAGGUCCUCACCGGCUUCUGCAGCGACGCUUGCACGAAAGCAGUCACAUCAGCCGGCAGCGCCAUCGCCACUGCCUGCGGCACGACCCCAUUGAUCGUCUCGAACAGCACCGUCCCCUCUCAAUUGUCGCCCGCGUUGGCCAUCACAGCCGGCGACCUUGCUCCUACCAUCAACUUCGCGCGUCAGGGAGCGUGUGUUAAAGAUGCCGGAGCCUUCUGUGUCAUUAGUCAGUGGACGCAGCUCAAGCCAUUGGUAGCGACCAACGCCACGUUGACCGUCCCGCAGGCGUCCGCCUUCAUAUGCACGCCUUGCGUCGCCAAGGAGAGGGAUGCGUGGACCGCUGCGACCGGGUUGCCUGCUAGCUUGAAGACUCCGGUUUCGGAUGCCUUGGCUGAACUGAACAAGUCGUUGAGCGCUUGCCCCGCUGGUUCGUUGGUUUCUAAAGAUGCGGGGGUCGGUAGCCACGCUUCGCAGAUGGCGUCCGGUGCUGCUGCGGCCCUUGCUGGAGCCGUUGGGCUCGCUGUUGGGCUCGUUGGUUAGGGGAUAUUUACAUUGCGCAUAGCGAGGAGUUGCGGGUUUUAGAUUUGAUUUUGCUCUGUUGCCUAUGGCUUUCUACACGGAAAUAUACUCUUGAUGAUUCUGACAUGGACUCUAUAUCUCAUGUUGGCCGGAGUUUCCGUGACAAAUGACGGG